AUGGGAGAGAUCAGCGAGCACCGGUGCACCGUCUCUCGAAAGGAUCGUUUCCUUUUGUACGCCUGCUGCGCAACAACGUUGAUAUUGGUCGGGGCAUUCUUCUGCUUGUUCGCUCUACAUCAAAUCAGAAUUGACCGACUCGAGUCUCGCAUCAACAACAUUGAAGUUACACUUGCGAAGUUCGACUUUGUAGAAGAGAAUGCAAACGAUCACGCCCCUGAUCAUGACUCGCUGCACCGCUAUGCUAGACGAGCUGUCAGUCAAAAUGUCGACGAUACAGGGAGUAUGGACAAGCUUCUAGAACAGAUGAUUUCACUACAGCUGAAGUCACUGCGAGCUCACUGUACAUCAAACCAAAAAAUUUGCAUUCAAGGCCCCAAAGGAAGCGUGGGAGCAAAAGGUGAGAAAGGAAGGCGUGGAUCACAAGGCAAGAAAGGAGAAACGGGUCUUCAAGGAAUGCAAGGUGAGAAAGGUGAAACAGGUGACGUGGGACCACGUGGAACAAGCAUUGACCCUCCCGUCAUCACUCGUUCCCCACUCAGUGUGACCGUAUUACAAAACGGUUUAGCUGUCUUCGAAUGUGAGGCAAGUGGAACACCAAAUCCUACAAUCAGUUGGAGAAGACUGGAUAACUCGCCGCUUCCUAAAUUGCGAGCUUCCGUAUUGCUCACCAAUGCACUAAAAAUUGUUGAUAUCCAACCAGAAGAUGCAGGUUCAUAUGUAUGUGAAGCUAAAAACGUGUUUGGGUUAGAGCAAGCAUACGCCACUCUUGCCGUUCAAGCUCCUCCAUCUUUUAUUAAAGUGUCUUCUGACGUUGUGUCCGUAUUUCCCAGAGACGAUGUCAAGUUGGACUGCUUGACGUCAGGAUAUCCCAUUCCAACGAUUACUUGGUCUCGAGUAGAUGAUUUGCCAAAGUCCAGCAAAAUAGAGAAGAACGGAACUCUCAUUCUUCGUAACGUGACGCAAUCGGAUGUAGGUCAAUACAUCUGUACAGCACAAAACGAUAUUGGAAAGAAGACUCACUCUCUUACUCUCAGACUAGAUGUAGAAAACAUUCCUACUCUUCCUGGAGAAGCUGUUGUUAAUACGGACGCUCUACUCAAGUGUCGACUUUGUUCUAUCCGUGGAUAUUCAUUGACGUGGGAAAAGAUUGGCGGCAGUCUUCCAGCAGGAAGGACGACACAAAGUGGUUGCACUCUCAUUAUCAAAAACACGACCCUGGAUGACAGCGGAAGAUACGCGUGCAUUGCAACCAAACAGACGGGAGAGAAACUGAGACACGAAGUACCGUUUACAGUUAUAGCUCCUCCUCGUAUCACCAGUCACAUUUCGCCUAUCGUUGCUAUUCGAUCACAAGGAGAAUUGGAAUUGCGGUGUGCUGCUGUCGGUCCGCCAGCGCCUGAGGUCUACUGGACUCGAGGCUCACAACGGUUGACAAGCACGGAAAAGGGAAUCCUGCAAAUCAGAAACAUGGACGAAUCGUCCAUUGGCUUUUAUCGCUGCAACGCGGUCAACCGCUUGGGCCAAGAUGCUAGAGAAACCAAUAUAGUAAUAUCUCAGUUGCAAUUUGUGGAACGUCCACCAUACAAUGUGACUUUCAACAGUACAUCUGAAACAAUAGCAAUCAACUGCACAGCUACAGCGGCAUCCGGUUUACCCGUCAACACGCAAUGGUCGAUCAACCGUUAUCAUAAGAAACAAUUUGGAUGCGACGAAGAAUCCUAUGGUAAAAGUAUAUCUGUGUUCUCGAAUGGAACUCUGGUUAUUCCUAAAGCAGACCGAUGCGACAUCGGUGUGUACAACUGCAGCGCUCAACAUGACGGAGAAACUAUAAGCACGUCAGCGCGAAUUGUCUCUUUGUAUAGAGAUACGAGUUGGAUGUUGACAAGUGACUCAUGUGGAGGAUUCAGGCAGUCUACGUACGACAAAUCAGUUCGUUACGCAGUCUCGUUGUCAGACGUAUGGGAUAAAUCAAAAAUAUAUGAUUGUCCUGUUGGAUAUCACUGGGCAUCUACUGAUGAAGGACGAAAAAUAUUUAAAAAUAACAUUAACAAGUCGGGUAUCCACGUGUAUAACGCACAGUGCAAAUGGUCCGGUUAUGUGUGGGAAGGAAAGAAUCGUUAUUACUUCAGGUUUCGUGAUUCGGCGUCAACCAAUGCUUACAAGCAUUCUGGCAACAACGACGAGUAUCAAAUUCAAACCAGUGCUGCUACCAGCCAAUUCGCCGGCAUUGUCUGCAUUAAAGACUGACCGCGGACUUGAUGGCCGUAUAGAGUCGUUCGCCUAUUACUAUUUCUGUGGGUUGUAACUGUUAGCUAAAUUGCUUCUCUCAAGCUGUAGUAUUAGAGGAACUCUUGUUAAACAGUUUACAUGUAACACUGUAAGAGCGUACUGGAAUUACAGAACAGCAGCAGAAACAGAUUGUGUUUUGCACUCUAUAACUAUAAAUAGGCAUAAAACCACGAGGCUAUUGCCUCAAU